GAUGUAAAAAUGAUGGUCAGACACUUAUUUUUGUUUUACAUCAACUUGGGUAAGUGUAAGACAUUUUAAUUGAGUUCCUUUUUUAAUCAUUUUUUGUAGUAUGUAGUUUGAAUAUGAUAAGUGAAGUGGAUGUUCUUUCUGUAAUGGGUAGAAAUGGUUUAUCCAUGUCUUUGUCUUUGAUCCAUUUUGUUUGCUUUGACAGUUUGUGCUUUUACCAAACCAAACGUAAUCCAACCAGACCCUGUGAUGGUUACUGAGCUGGGAGGCACUGUGACUCUCACUUGCUUUUGUCCCAACGUGUCUGUGACCAGGUUUGAUUGGUUCAAGCAGAGUUUUGGACAGAAACCCCUCCGCAUGGCAUCAUCUCUUUAUGUGGGCCAAGACAGUUAUUAUUCCAACAACUUUAUCAAGGACUUUCCUGAGACCAAACGUUUGGGUGUGAGGAGAGGAGACUACAGCUGUAACUUGACCAUAUCCAAGACAGAGCCAGGGGACUCAGCUAAAUACUAUUGUUCCAUUACAGCCAUCUAUGAGCAAACAUUUGGAGAGGGAACUGUUUUAAUUGUCAAAGGUAACUAAACAUUUGCUUCUUCAAUUUAAAGUUUUCAGUGGUGUAAAGUACUUAAGUAUAAAUACUUUAAAGUACUACUUAAGUAGUUUUUUAGGGUAUCUGUACUUUACUUUACUAUUUAUAUUUUUGACAACUUUGACAUUUGCUCCACUACAUUCCUAAAGAAAAUAUCUACUUUUUACUCCCAUAAAUCUUCCCAGACACCCAAAAGUACUUGUUACAUUUCGAUAGCUCAGGCAGGACAGCAAUAUGGUCCAAUUCAUGCACAUACAUGUAUCAAUAUAACACUUUGUCAUCCCUACUGCCUCUGAUCUGGCGGACUCACUACUGAGUUUGUAAAUUAUGUCUGAGUGUUGGAGUGUUGGAGUGUGCCGUCUAGUUUGCUUAAUAUAAGGAAUUUGAUGUAUAGCAUUUACUUGACAGUUGAGUACUUUUUCCCUCACUGUACUUAAGUACGUUUAAAACCAGAUACUUUUAGACUCUCAAGUACUCAAGUAGUAUUUUACUAUGUGACUUUCAAUUUUACUUGAGACAUUUUCUAUUAAGGUAUCUUUACUUUUACUCAAGUAUGACAAUUGAAUAAUUUUUGACCAUUGCAUAUUUUGUGGCCCUGUAUGUUGAUAUGUUCGUACAACUGGUUCAUCAAAUGCUAGUAAUGAAUACAUGGCUUUUCAUGUGUUUCACCCACUUAGUCUUAAUUUAGUUACUCACUCUCUUCAGGUUCAGAGUCCAACAGCAUGUCUGUGCUCCAGCAGCCUGUGUCUGAGUCAGUCCAGCCAGGAGACUCUGUGACUCUGAACUGUACAAUACACACUGAGACCUGUGCAGGAGAACACAGUGUCUAUUGGUUCAGACAUGGCUCAGGAGAAUCCCGUCCAGGAAUCAUUUACACCCAUGGAAACAGUAUUGAUCAGUGUGAGAAGAGUCCUGAGACUGGGUCUCCUACACAGAGCUGUGUCUACAACCUCCCCAAGAGGAACCUCAGCCUCUCUGAUUCUGGGACUUACUACUGUGCUGUGGCCUCAUGUGGGGAGAUACUGUUUGGGAACGGGACCAUGCUGGACAUUCAUGGUAAAUCCGAUUUAAUCUGUAAAUUGCCACAACAAUACUGUAUAUUCAUGCAAACGGCCUACCUCAAAACAACCCCAUACAUUUGUCUCAAAAAGCUACACAAUAUCACUGUUAGCUUUUGAUGCCAUAUUUUACUGUUUGAUGAUCUUCCUAACCACUCAUGAAUACAAUAUGAAUUCCUUGAUACCCUUUCCACAGUUCCAGAGCAUGAUCCUCCAUUUGAUCUGAGUCCAACUGUUCUGGCCUUGGUCGUCUCCAACAUCGUCCUGGGGAUUGUGACCCUUGUACUUGUCUGGGUGCUGUGCAAGACUCGUAACAGAGAUAGCAGAGGUAUUACUGUAUAUCUAAUGUAUCCAAUGUAUCUAAUGUUAUAGCUGAUGUAUCUAAUGUUUCAUGCAUCUCUAUGCAAUGUACCUUCUGUAAAUAUCAUUUAAAUAACCAACGUAUAAGCAUUGUUAAUUAACUACAUGAGGUUAAAAAGAGAUAGAUUGUCAUAAAAAAUAAUAGCUGGCCUUCCUCUAUUUCAAUCUCUUUGAAGGGAGGACAGAUGUCCCAACAUCCCAGGGUAAUCAGGUACAUUUGUCAACAUUUAUAAAUACAGUAUAUUUUCCGUUUUUAUAAGAAACUGCCAUUUAAUUUUCCUUACAGCUAAUAUUCAGCUUAUUUGUGCUUUUUAUGUUAUGAAGCUUUAUUGGAGGCAAUAAGUCACUCUACUAGAUGUAGCCUUCUGAUCUUUGUGAUCGUUGUUAAUUUUUCCAUGGAACUUCUGCCUGUCACUGUUCCACUGACUGUCAGGUCAUUGUAGUGGGUGUACAGUCUGAACAGUCCUGUCUUUUGUAGAGUGUUUUCUUCUACAGGAGAAUAGAAACAUUAUAUAGUAGAUCAUGAUAUCAUCAUAAUGUAUUUUCUCAUGGCUCCACCACCCUCAGAAUCAAGACAGUGAUGUGUUGAACUAUGCAGCUGUGAGUUUCACCCCCAAGAAGAACUCCUCCUCCUCUACAAGAGCAAGAGAGAAGACCAGCAGAGAGGAUGCAGUGUACUCUGAGGUCAGGCACCUGCAGCAGCAGUGAAAGGUAUCACCACUGUCACAAAGACUCCAAGAAAAACCAUUUAACUAUUUGUAGCCUAAUGAAACUGCUUUUAUUAACUGAAAUUAGUAUCCAAUUUUCAAAGUAACAAUGAAAAUGUAUUUUUAACAUUGUCUGUAUGUUAGAUUUAUAUAAUGAUCCUGUAAUGUCUUAAAUAGCCAU